AAAAUUCCAUGGAUUAAAAAAUAAUUAAAAGAGUUUUACGGUUGGAAGUAACAGCGAGAAGGGAUUUUUCUCGAGAAAAGAAUCUUCACGUUGAGAAUCGAGUUAGGAUGAAAUUGUGUGGAAGUAUAUGGUUAUGGCUGAUACUUCUGCUGGCUUCAGUUCAAUCACUGGGAUCUGAGAGGACGGAUGUGGCAUACGUGACUCUAUUGUACGGAGAUGAAUUCUUGUUGGGUGUUCGAGUUCUCGGCAAAUCGAUACGCGACACGGGAUCCAACAAAGACAUGGUCGUUUUGGUCUCUGAUGGUGUCUCUGAUUAUGCCAAUACCCUUCUCCAGGCUGAUGGGUGGAUAGUUGAGAAGAUUAGUUUACUGGCAAAUCCUAAUCAAGUACGUCCAAAGAGAUUUUGGGGUGUCUAUACAAAGCUCAAAAUAUUUAACAUGACUGACUACAAGAAAGUUGUUUAUCUUGAUGCUGAUACUAUUGUGGUUAAGAAUAUUGAAGAACUUUUCAAAUGUGGAAAAUUCUGUGCUAAUUUAAAGCAUUCUGAGAGGUUGAAUUCCGGAGUCAUGGUGGUGCAGCCAUCUGCUACUGUUUUCAAUGACAUGAUGAGCAAAGUAAAAACUCUACCAUCUUACACUGGAGGGGAUCAGGGAUUUCUCAAUUCAUAUUACUCUGGAUUUCCCAACGCACAUCUUUUUGAGCCAAAUUUGUCCCCAAAAAUGUUGGAUACUAGACCAGUUCCUGAAAUGGAGCGACUUUCCACACUUUAUAAUGCAGACGUUGGUCUUUACAUGCUGGCUAACAAGUGGAUGGUGGAUGAGAACGAACUCCGUGUAAUUCAUUAUACACUAGGCCCUCUUAAGCCUUGGGACUGGUGGACAUCUUGGCUUGUGAAACCUGUUGAUGUCUGGCAGAAUGUAAGGGAACAGCUGGAGGAAUCCCUUCCUGGAACUGGAGGGGGCCAAAAUCCUAAAGAUAAUUAUCUUGUGAAGUUUCUUUUUCUGCUACCAUUUUGUGCUGUGCUGUUCUGCUGCUAUCGUUCAUUUCUAAAGAAUCAGGGAUACUUUGGUUCCUGUUAUAGAACCUCACUAUGUGAUCAUGUCAGACACCUUUAUUACAGGAUUAAAUCAGGGGGGCCACUUGCAUAUACUACCAUUUCUACCUCAACUCUCAAUUCCCCUCAUAAGCUCAUAAAUGGUGCUCAGUACAAGGCGCCUGCAUAUAUGGGCAGUAUUUCUGUCUGUGUCUGUUUAUUGGCUGCAGUGGUGUCUCUUGGAUUAGCUCUCUUGAUAGUACCACGGCAAGUGGCUCCAUGGACUGGUUUGCUUUUGAUGUAUGAAUGGACAUUCACAAUCUUCUUUAUACUAUUUGGAGGUUAUCUAAAUUUGAUUUAUCAUCGUGGAAGGAUUAUGACAUCACAAACACCUUCCUCAUUGUCUCAUCAUGAAUAUUCUGAUGAUGAUUCUGGAAAAGUUCAUCAGCGUCAGAUGUCAUCAUGUAAUGCUGCUACGUGGUUCUAUGGAUUAGGGAUGGCCUUCUUGGCCAUUGCUACUCCAUCUUUGCCUUUUCUUUUUGGGAUCACUGCAUUGUUUUUACGGUUAGCUUUGAUGGUCGUUGGGGGCUUAAUAUUAACAUGUUUCUUGACAUACUCCUCUGAACAUCUUGCAAUCAGAUCAUUUCUGAAAGGGCUUGAAGAGAGGGAUGCUUCACGCAAUGCAAACUUCUGUUGUUGAUUUAAUUCUUUGAUCUGGUGCAAACUGUGGUAGAUUAUUUUUUUUAUUCACCUUUACUUCAAGAAAAUAUGCGUCAUUGAUCUAUAUAGGAUUGGGAUAAGUUGCCAUACACAACCGAGCUUGGGCUUGCUAAUGCAAAAAUUGGCAGCAAAGCAUGACAUUAGGCGGAACAAAAUCUUAGGAAAAACUCUUAAAAUUUAGUUUUUGAGAAAACUCAAAAACAUUUGAAUCAUUUGAUGCAUCUAACUUAUCUCAUGUUGAGACUUAGUGGUGGUUAUUAUUGUAUUCAACUAACGGGUAUUGUUGUUCUAGUGACCAAUGCAGUAUUAGUUUUGUCAAUGAAGCAUAAUGUAUUUUUCCUUGUUUCCAUAA